AUGUUGACUACGAAUUUCCAAGUUAUAUUUUCUUUGUUAGGCAUAAUUUUUGUUUUAUUUCUCAAUGUUCAUUCAUUUAAACCUGAACCACGAGGAGGUCAUAUGGUAACAUUAGCUAAUGAUAGAAUUUAUUUCUUUGGUGGUUCACGGCCUAUACCUAUGACCUCAUCUGUAUGGAAUCAAACCCAUCAAUUUAAUCUAUCAGAUGAAGUGUUCUAUUUAGAUCUUUCUUCAUCAUUUUCUGUUGAUUUACCUCCAUUCACAGAUCUUUCUGCUACUUCUCGCAUGCCAUUUGGCUCAGAAAAGGGAACAACGGUAUUAGGAAAUAGAGGUAUACGUAUAUUUCUUAUUGGUGGGGUGCAGCAAAAUAUGGAAACAUUUGGUUAUAACACAACAAAUUCUAGUCUUUGGAUAUAUAAUAUAAAUUCACAACACUGGGACACUAGUGGGCCAGGAACAUACGGACCACCACUUCCAAGGCGUAGAUCCACUGCAACAGUUAUUGAUAAAAAUGGUGUAAUUUAUAUAUAUGGUGGAAGGGUGGAGGUGGACACUGGUUCAGAUGUGUUUACGAUAUUUGACGAUUUUUUCACCUUUGACACCUUAUUAUUGAAAUGGUCAAAUCUAACUGAUCACCCAUCUAAAAGGAGUCAUGCAUCUGCCACUCUCAUGCCCGAUGGAAAAAUUAUUUAUAUAGGUGGUGUUACUCAGUCUGCCCCCGGUGAAGACGCAAAUCGUAUAAGUAUGAAUGAUAUAUAUAUUUUUGAUACUCUUGAUUCAACCUGGUCUCAGAAGUCUGCUUUGGGAAACGACAUUGAUCCUCGUCUUGGACACACAGCUCUCCUAGCACCAGAUAAUCACACUAUAGUUUUCUUAGGAGGCUCACAAAGUUAUGGAUAUAACCACACUACACCACAUCCAAUUUUUCUAUUGUUAGAU